AUGUCUGCCGACGCCGCUACCACCCCCGCCGUCGAGAACGUCAACGGCGCUGCUGAGGCUAGCCCUGCUGCUGCCGCCCCCAGUGGUACUCCCGAGGUCACUGCCGUUGAGAACUCGGCUCCGGCCCCCAGUGCCAACCAGCCUCACUCGGCUUCCCUGUAUGUCGGUGAACUCGACCCCUCGGUCACCGAGGCUAUGCUCUACGAGCUCUUCUCUUCCAUCGGUCAAGUCGCUUCCAUCCGUGUCUGCCGUGAUGCCGUUACCAGACGCUCUCUCGGUUACGCCUACGUUAACUACAACAACACCGCCGAUGGUGAGCGUGCCCUGGAGGACCUGAACUACACCCUGAUCAAGGGCAAGCCUUGCCGUAUCAUGUGGUCUCAGCGUGACCCCGCCCUCCGCAAGACUGGCCAGGGCAACGUCUUCAUCAAGAACCUCGACAGUGCCAUCGACAACAAGGCUCUCCACGACACGUUCGCCGCUUUCGGUAACAUCCUCAGCUGCAAGGUCGCUCAGGAUGAGUUCGGUAACUCCAAGGGAUACGGUUUCGUUCACUACGAGACUGCCGAAGCUGCCAACAACGCCAUCAAGCACGUCAACGGCAUGUUGCUCAACGACAAGAAGGUCUUCGUCGGUCACCACAUUUCCAAGAAGGACCGCCAGAGCAAGUUCGAGGAGAUGAAGGCUAACUUUACCAACGUCUACAUCAAGAACCUUGACCCCGAGAUUGAGGACGAUGAGUUCCGCAAGAUGUUCGAGGUCUUCGGCGAGAUCACCUCCGCCACCCUCAGCCGUGACCAGGAGGGCAAGAGCCGUGGAUUCGGUUUCGUCAACUUCUCCACCCACGAGAGCGCGCAGGCCGCCGUCGAUGAGAUGAACGACAAGGAGAUCCGUACCCAGAAGCUCUAUGUUGGCCGUGCUCAGAAGAAGCACGAGCGCGAGGAGGAACUGCGUAAGCAGUACGAGGCUGCCCGCCUGGAGAAGGCUUCCAAGUACCAGGGUGUCAACCUCUACGUCAAGAACCUGACUGACGACAUUGACGACGAGAAGCUGCGUGAGCUCUUCGGACCUUACGGUACCAUUACUUCUGCCAAGGUUAUGCGCGACACUAACGUCGAGCGUGCCUCGUCUCCCGACUCCGCUGGUAAGGAGAAGGAGGCCAACAAGGAGAACGACAAGGAGACCGUUGAGGCCGAGAAGGCUGAGGAGAAGGCUAGCGAGUCCUCCGAGGAGAAGGACAAGGAGGGCAAGAAGUCCGAGAAGAAGCCCUUCGGCAAGAGCAAGGGUUUCGGUUUCGUCUGCUUCAGCAGCCCCGAUGAGGCUUCCAAGGCCGUUACUGAGAUGAACCAGAGAAUGGUCAACAGCAAGCCCCUCUACGUUGCCCUUGCCCAGCGCAAGGAUGUUCGCAGAAGCCAGCUUGAGGCCAGCAUCCAGGCUCGCAACACCAUCAGACAGCAGCAGGCCGCCGCUGCCGCUGGUAUGCCCCAGCCUUACAUGCAGCCCGCCGUUUUCUACGGCCCCGGUCAGCAGGGCUUCAUUCCCGCUGGUGGCCAGCGUGGUAUGGCCUUCCCUCCCCAGCCCGGUAUGGUGAUGGGUAUCCCCGGUGGACGCCCCGGCCAGUACCCCGGUCCUUUCCCUGGCCAGCAGGGUGGUCGUGGCAUGGCCCCCAACCAGCAGAUCCCUCCCAACUUUGCUCAGGGUAUCCCCAUGGGCAUGCAGGGCCCUGGUGGUAUUCCUAACGGCAUGGGCUACCCCGGAGCUAUGGCUCAGGUGCAGUUCGGACGCGGCGCUGGUGGCCGUGGUCAGGUUCCCGGAAUGCCCAUGGGCCAGGGUAUGCGUGGUGGUCCUGGUUACGGCCAGGGCCGUGGUGGUGUUCCCGUUCAGCAGGGUAAUGUCCGCCCUGGCCAGGGUGGCCGUGGACAGAACGCUGCUCAGCCCGCUGGUCGUGAGGAAGCUGCCGCUGGCGGUCUCAAUGCUCAGACUCUCGCUGCCGUUCCCCCGGCCCAGCAGAAGCAGAUGCUCGGCGAGGCUCUGUACCCCAAGAUCCAGGCCCAGCAGCCUGAGUUGGCUGGUAAGAUCACUGGUAUGCUCCUGGAGAUGGAGAACACCGAGCUGUUGAGCCUGAGGAAGAUGCCCUUCGCGCCAAGGUCGACGAGGCCCUUAGCGUCUACGAUGAGUACAUGA